AUGCCCCUGCCUUCUUCCUUCGCGUGGGCACAGAGCGACAUCGCUGUGGGCAUGGACCGGCUGGAUCCGGUGUGGUGGGCGGGGCGGAGCAGGCGGUGUGCGGCGCGGCCACCAGCAGCGAGGCGGCCCCUUGGAGGCGGCGCGGGGCUGGGCGAGGCAGAGCCCCCUGGCGCGGCCACCGGCGUGCUGCAGCCCCUUGGAGUCAGCGCGGGGCCGGGCAAGGCGGGGCCCCCUGGCGUGGCCCUUGGCGUGCUGCUGUGCUUGGUCGCCGGCGAUGGAGCCGCGGAGGCCGACUGUGCAGGUCCGGCGUGGGAUGAGGCAAGGAAAAGCAGAGGACGUGUCACGUCUUGUGCGGCUGUGCGCUUGUGCCUGCGGUGGUGA